AUGAGAUCUUUCUCCUCUCUCUUUCUCUCUUUCUCUCUGUCGUUCUCUAUCUCUCUCUCGUUCUCUAUCUCUCUCUCGUUCUCUCUCUCUCUCACUCUCUCUCUCACACACAUUCGUAUCAAUCAUUCUCACUCCGUCUGUUCAUAUAUAAUUACGCAUGUUCAUAUCUAUCUAUCUAUCUAUCUAUCUAUCUAUCUAUCUAUCUAUCUAUCUAUCUCAGUCUGUUCAUAUCUGUGUAUGUAUAUAUGCAUCUCUCUCUCUCUCUCUCUUUCCCUCUCGCGUGACCGAGUGCUGUUAUUUUAUGUAUGUAUAAAUUUCUAUCUCUCUUGUUCUAUCUAUCUAUCUACUCGGUCUGUUCAUAUCUAUCUAUCUAUCUAUCUAUCUAUCUAUCUAUCUAUGUUCAUAUCUAUCUAUCUAUCUGGCUGGAUAUAUUCAAUGCCUCAAAAACCAAACUGGCAGGAGAGUUCAUUCUGGCACCAUCAACAACUCCCCAGGGGGGCUAACCAACUUAUUGCCAAUAAUCUCUCUCCAGAAUAUGACUCCUUCGCCUGCUGGUUGAUUCCUCAUUCGAAGAGACACAGGUUCGCCAUUCUGUUUCCCGAAACCGCCCAGCGUCGAUCUGCAUUCGUCCGUAUCGUUCGAUUUAACUAUGUAGUUGCUAUCCUGUUCUUAAUCAUCUCACACUACGUGAUUCUUUUUUUGCUUUCUUUCACUCUCUAUCUCAGUCUGUUCAUAUCUAUCUAUCUAUCUAUCUAUCUAUCUAUCUAUCUAUCUCAGUCUGUUCAUAUCUAUCUAUCUAUCUAUCUAUCUAUCUAUCUAUCUAUCUAUCUAUCUCAUUCUUUUCAUAUCUAUCUAUCUCUGUCUGUUCAUAUCUAUCUAUCUAUCUAUCUAUCUAUCUAUCUAUCUAUCUAUCUAUCUAUCUAUCUAUCUGAUUUUGUUUAUUCAUGCUUAUUGAGCGAUGGUCACAUCUAG